AUGUGCCUUUUUUUGCAGAACGCCGCCGCUUGCGACAUUAUCUGCACCGUCUGCCGAUCCACGUUUCUCAAGACCACCAAGCCUCCCCAGCUGCUCGAGCACGCCCAGAAUAAGCACAACAAGGGCAUGGCCGACUGCUUUCCCUCUGUGAGCGCUUAA